AUGAAAUACAAGGAGGACUCAUGGCAUGAGGAACUACAUGAACUAGCAGAAACAAUAAGGAAGGAACGAGAACACCAAGAAAAACAGAAACAACAAGAGGAGUUGGCCAUUCAAAGAGAAGAACCAUCUUAUGAAAAAGUACAUCACGUUCAGGAACCUAUUCCAAACAAGGUAUCAUCCAAAAACGCAUGGGAGGAUUCGAGUUCGACUCCCGCUAAAGAAGCCGCAAAUUGGUUUAACCAUGAUUUAGACAUUCAUAAGUGUGCAUCAGAAAAGAGGCAUGAGGUGAAAAAUGAAACAUCUCAAGGAUUUGCAAAUUUGGGUCUAUUGCAUUGUGUAAAAUUGAAAGAAUAUGAUGAGGAUUCUAAACCAUUGAGGAGGACGAUUUUGGACCCAAGAAGUGAACUACUUCAACUAUGGAAUAGAAUAUUUUUUGUUUCUUCUUUAGUUGCUCUACUUCUAGAUCCACUCUACUUGUUUUAUCCUACAUUUGAUAGUGUUGAUGGUUGUAUGGAAAAUGAUCAAAAGCUUAAGGUUAUUGUAACAGUUUUCCGUUCAAUCAUAGACUUAUUCUACAUUUCAAAUAUGAUAAUUAAGUUUCACACUGCAUAUGUUGCUCCAACCUCACGUUUGUUGGGAAGUGGUGAACUUCUUGUUGAUCCUACACAAAUUGCAAAGAGAUACUUGAAGACAGAUUUCUUCCUAGAACUUCUUGCAUCAUUACCCAUUCCUCAGCUUGCCGUCUGGUUCAUAAUACCUUAUCUUAGAAGAUCAAAUGCUGAUCAUACCCAGAGUGACCUGCUUCUCAUUGCCCUUUUCCAGUAUUUUCCUAGGAUGUAUUUAAUGUUCCCUUUGUCAUCCAAAAUUGCUAGAGAUAAUGGAGCUAUUAUUGACAACCCAUGGAUUGGAUCUGUGUACAACUUAUUUCUUUACAUGAUGGCAUGUCAUAUUAUGGGUGCUACUUGGUAUCUACUGGCCAUUGAACGUGGGAACACAUGUUGGCAGUACGCGUGUGCAGAUGACAUUGCAUCAAAUUGCACACUUGACUUUUUAGAUUGUGACAGUUUGACAAAUGGUUUGAGCUCUGCUCGUGAACAGUGGAUGAACAUUACACCAGUAUUUAGCAAUUGCAAUGCAAGUAAUGCUAGCAUCAGUUUUGCUUUUGGCAUUUAUUCGUACGCUUGGAGCACUCAGAUUACAUCUUCAAAUUUUCUUAGCAGGUACACCUACGCAAUAUGGUGGGGCUUGAUGAAUCUGAGUUCACUGGGGCAAAAUCUUGCAACCAGUACUUUUGGUGGGGAGAACAUAUUUUCAAUUAUUGUUGGCACGUUGGGUUUGAUAUUAUUUGCACAUGUGCUUGCGUAUUUGCAGACACUCUUGCAGUCUCUCAAAUUUAGGGUUGAGGAAUGUAGAGUAGAAAGAGGUGAUACAGAGGAAUUUAUGGAAUACCGUCAACUACCUCAAGAUCUCCGUGAACGUGUUCGUCGCUAUGAUGAAUACAAAUGGGUUGCUACUCGAGGGGUUGACGAAGAGACAAUUAUGCAGAGCUUACCCAUGGACCUUCGACGCGAUAUAAAGCGUCACUUGUGUCUGAAUAUUGUACUCCAGGUUCCUCUUUUCUCACAAAUGGAUGAUCAGCUUAUUGAUGCCAUUUUGGAAAGGCUAACACCUGCUUUAAGCACUGAAGGAACAUAUAUUGUCCGGGAAGGAGAUCAUGUAACUGAAAUGUUCUUUAUAAUCCGUGGUUACUUAGACAGUGUAACAACAGAUGGAGGUAGAGCUGGCUUCUUCAAUUCAAUCACAUUGGGUCCUGGUGACUUCUGUGGUGAGGAACUUCUCAAUUGGGCAUUGUUUACACAACCCACUUUAAACUUGCCAUCUUCAACCAGGACAGUUAAAGCAUUGGUGGAAGUAGAAGCAUUUGCAUUGCGGGCUGAAGACCUGAGUUUUGUUGCAAACCAAUUCAGGCGUUUGCACAGCAAGAAACUGAAGCAUACAUUUCGGUACCAUUCUAAUCAAUGGAGGAUGUGGUCAGCCUGCUUUAUACAAGCAGCCUGGCGGCGUUACAAGAGAAGACAGUUAGCAGAAGAACUUUUUGAGAAAGAGAGCUUCUCUUCUUCUGAAAACCAAGAAUUUGAAUCAUGUCGCUCUUUGGGUAGUUCUGUUGAUGUCAUAGCAGAAGCUUCUCAGAAUGACCCAAAUAUAAGGAGAGGGAUUCCUAGGAUCAAGGCUAUGAGUUCUCAUGAUUCAGAUGAUGAAAUGCCCAAGAUUGAGAAGCCUGUGGAGCCAAACUUUUCUGUUGAGGAUGAGGAAGAGUCUUCAAUGUGA